AUGGGUGGUGAUGAUGCGAAGUUGAUAUCGAAUAUACGAAGUCAGCUGGAUCGUCUUAUGCUGCAACUAUCUGAAAUUGAACACGAAAGGUAUAUGCUAUUACCAGAUAUGAGAUGCUGUAUUUUUAGAGAUUCACUGGAUAACGAUGAAUAUCUGGAAAUGAAAAAUGAAACAGUGGAACAACUGAAGGCGAUCCAGAACGCAAUCAGUGAAGCCUUCAAAACGCCAGAAAUUGUGGCAAUUUUUGCCAAAAAAGAACCUGCCUUACUUCGACAGAAACUAAUGCAGGUGGAAACCGAGCAUCGGUUACGAAAGAUAUCAGACGAAAUAUUUAAAGCAAAAAAUUAG